AGAUAAACUAAAUCAAGAAAUUAGGAUUCCAAAAUAAAAACCUGGUAAGUGACCACAUAUUGUUAUUAUUAUUAUUAUCAUUAUUGCCAUUUAAAUAGCGCCAACAGAUUCCAUAGCGCUUUACAAAACUAUCAGUGAAAGAAGUAAAACUAGCAAACAAAACAAAAAAAAAGAAUGAACAUAAAAUAACAAGACUAUUAGUGCACCAACUUAUAAAAAGCUCAGUCACUUUACUGUGUGUACGAUUUUAUGAAUAAUAUAUUACCCCGCCAAUAUAAAUAUAAAAUUAAUAGAGCACUAAAAUCUGCUCUCCACGGGUAGAAUAAACAGUCUCAAGUAAUGUACCUUGUUUUUUGAUUAUUCUUACACUCCAGCGUGUGUCAUUUUUAUGGCUCUUUUUUUGUCUGUUUUUUGUUCUCACGUGUCUGCCUCUGCUCUGUAUGUGUUUGUGUACUCUGUUUGUGUCUCUCUAGUAUGCAUUAGAUUGUACAAUGUCAAUUUAUUUCUGUUUCCUCUCUGUAACUAUUUUAAAUAUGUCUGCCCACUCUUGUUUUCUCUCAGUGGCUUGUCUUUCUCUCUGUCAAUGUCUGUCCACAAUCUGUUUAUUUAUUAUGAAAUUUGCACCCAGUUUAUUCUUUCCUCUGAGUCUAACCAAAUAAAGUGCAGAUAUAGGAAUAUCCUAAAAAUACACCAGAGGGUGCUAGACACCAGUGUAAUAUACUUGGUUUCUGCUCCGCAAGUAAUGUCAAGCCUCGAUAGCAAACCAGUAACCAACCUCAUGCUGAUGAAUUGCAUUAACAACGAAACAGCUGUCAUUGAGUGGCUGACUGGCUUUGCAUUUCUUCCUGAGUUGUGUUAAAAAGCAGUAGUAUACAGCAGACAUAAACCUCAAGGAAUCCAUGUUUAAAAUGGAAUAAUGAGGCAAAAAGGUGAUUCUUUAAUGUAUAAAUUUGCAUAUCCCCACCCAGAAUUCCUUACAGUAGUAUCAUCACUGCACAUUUGAGAUUUCUGUGGGAAAAGCAAUUCUUGUGGCUUGACAGAUCUGUGUUUAACAAUGUAUUGAAUAUAUAUAUAUAUAGAGAGAGAGAGAGUGUAUAUAUACACAAUACAUUGUUAUAUACAGAUCUACAAACCAGUUAAUAUAGUAUACAUAGUUACCAAUCUUGCACCUUUAUAAAUAAGUAUAAAAACUCAUAAAGGAGAUGAAGGAGAGAAUAAAAUCACAGGGUGGUACAUUUAUUACAUAUACAAAACAUAAAUCUUUUUUUAUUUUUUUUUAAAACCUCACAAAGGCAGUGCACAAAUCUGAAAUAAAUGUGCAAAGCCCCCUUUUGUUAUUCUUAUACUAUAAUAGUAUUAAUAAUAAUAAUUUGUUAUUCUUACUACUUUGCUAUAUACUUUCCUCUAUGUGCCAUAUCCGCCUGUCCCCUUUUUCUCAGACAUUCCUACCUGUCCUUUUUGAAGUGCAUGAAUUGCCUCCAGUCUUCUCUGAUAGUGAACUGAAAUCUGCUCUGCACAAGUAAAGCUAAAAUAGGCUAGUUAUGACUAUAGCUGAACUGGAGAUUUCAAUUCAGAUUUUAAUUUGCUGCAAUUUGUAGAUUUAGUGAAUAACCCUUACCGUCUUCCUGUUUGUUAACUAAAAAAAAAAACAUAGUUUGGAUUAGCUGUAUCAGUCCAGUAGACAGAAUGCCAAAAUUCCAGAAUAUCGCAGUAUGCAAUGAUACUUUGUUUCUGCCUGUUGGGACAAGAAUAUUAAAAAAAAACAAAAAAACAUAUAUAAAGAAAAGGGAAAAAAGGAAACAGUGUCCCCCAAUUCCCUUUUGUUGCAAUACUUGUGCCUGAUGCACACCUUCAACAACCCCGUUGUCGUAAUAUGUCGGACUCUUACACCUUAAAGUAACACUAUAGUCACCUAAAUUACUUUAUCUAAAUGAAGCAGUUUUAGUGUAUAGAUCAUUCCCCUGCAAUUUCACUGCUCAAUUCACUGUCAUUUAGGAGUUAAAUCACUUUGUUUCUGUUUAUGCAGCCCUAGCCACACCUCCCCUGGCUAUGAUUGACAGAGCCUGCAUGAAAAAAAAACUGGUUUCACUUUCAAACAGAUGUAAUUUACCUUAAAUAAUUGUAUCUCAAUCUCUAAAUUGAACUUUAAUCACAUACAGGAGGCUCUUGUAGGGUAUAGCAAGCUAUUAACAUAUCAGGGAAUAAGAAAAUCGUAAUUAAACAGAACUUGCAAUAAAGAAAGCCUAAAUAGGGCUCUCUUUACAGGAAGUGUUUAUGGAAGGCUGUGCAAGUCACAUGCAGGGAGGUGUGACUAGGGUUCAUAAACAAAGGGAUUUAACUCAUAAAUGGCAGAGGAUUGAGCAGUGAGGCUGCAGGGGCAUGUUCUAUACACCAAAACUGCUUCAUUAAGCUAAAGUUCAGGUGAUUAUAGUGUCCCUUUAAAUACACUUUAGCUUAUUUAGCAUUCGCACUAUUUAAUUUGUCUCCCGCAUUGGAAUAACACAAUAGUGGGCUUAGUGGGCUUAACACAAUAUGGCCAUAUGUUGAAAAUGAAUCCCUAUAUUUGAGAUAGGUGAUUUUAAGUAGCCUUAUAAAAUGUAAACAUUUAUUUUAAUGUGUGAGCUCAAUUUGUAUUAUGAAUGAAUUUUGGUCACUAUGGCAUUAUCAUUGCUGCAGAAAUGCAUGUGUCCGGGUGUGACACUGAUAUUUGUCUUUUCGUUGACAGCGGUGUGUCAUUCCUGCAUUAACAGCAUUGUCGGACUGUGUGUCAAUCCUGCAUUAAUUCUGACACUAGACACUGCCUGACCAUGUUCUCUUAUGACCUUAAUAUCUUGCAUUAUGCUAAGGAGCUAGUUCCCAUGGCAUCAUUUGGGCGUCAACAACCUGCAUGUUUUGGCACAGUAUGAAUGAUGUCAGCCUAUAGGCUUUCAUCUAUCCCUUUUAAUUGUUUUCCAUGUUCUCUAUUAUGUCCUGACACGGUUUUUAAGCCCAAGACUUUGAAUUGAAACAUAGAAACAUAGAAACAUAGAAUGUGACGGCAGAUAAGAACCAUUCGGCCCAUCUAGUCUGCCCAAUUUUCUAAAUACUUUCAUUAGUCCCUGGCCUUAUCUUAUAGUUGGGAUAGCCUUAUGCCUAUCCCACGCAUGCUUAAACUCCCUUACUGUGUUAACCUCUACCACUUCAGCUGGAAGGCUAUUCCAUGCAUCCACUACCCUCUCAGUAAAGUAAUACUUCCUGAUAUUAUUUUUAAAUUGCUUGUUAUUAUUGUUUCUGAUAUUUGAUAUUAGGCCUGUGUCGACCCCAUACCAUCCAUACUCCUAACUGUGGCUGUGUGUCUAAUCUUGUAAUUUCUCUGGUAUUCUUGACCUCAACUUAUUCCUGACUUUUCUUACCUGUAUUUAGGAGUGUCUCGUCUACCCUUAGGUGUUUGCAUUAAGCCCAGUCACCUGUAAAGCCACCUCUAAAGACCUGUAACAUGCUCCAUCUUUCCUACCAUUUUACAAUGUAUCCUGAUACCAUCUCUUCCAAUUCCCCCUUCUCCAUACCACAUUAUUACCAAUACAACAAAUGCAAACUGAAGAAAAUGUAUGUGUUACUUGCUGUGGAGGUUGAAAUAUUUGCGUUUUGUCAAUUGCUUGGUGAUGUGAUUUAUUUGCUGAAAUCUCCAUGUUCUAGGUUCUAAGAAAAAAAAAGUAAUUAUCUCGUAAUCCCCCUGAGAAAAGUAUUUCCUGAUAUUGUGCACCGUCUGCACUGAUAACUGUAAGGUAUGUAUUGAUGCUAAAAGCUCUCUCAUGGAAACAUCCCCCCAAAUUAUAUUUUAAAUUCAUUAUAGUGAUAAAUACUACUAAAAUGUAACAGCCUACAUCAAUGAAUACGUUAGUAUUACUCUACGUAAAUUGCAUCGCGGUCCUAUCAGAAAUCACUUACUCUUUUAUUUGAAAAGAAAUCACUUAUUCAACAUUAUCUCUUGUUCUUCCAAUUGCAACGUAAAAGUAAACCAGAUUAGUUGCCCACUUCAAAGUAACGGGCUAAUAAUGUAUGGGUUAGUAAGCUCCCAUGGUAAAUAAGAAACUCAACCGAUGCCUGUUAUGCAGUGUAUACUGCCAUCAUAAGAUUCAUGUAUCAAGUCCCACAUAUCAACUCCCCACCAGCCCUAGAUUUUAUCACAGUCCUGCACACCGGUGCCACAAGGUCUGUCGUGGACUGCGCUCUCUGUCGGACUGCUUUUUUGCAGGAGGAGUGCGAUCUUUCUGAGUUUGUGGGUAUAGUGAUACAUCUACGCAGACACAGCUAGAUCAAACAAAGUGCCUGCAGAAUAUAGCAGAUUGCUGAAUUGGAGGGACUGUGAUAUCCCCCACCAGUCCAAAGGAGAUGGGGGAAUGAGGCUGGGCCAGUCAUAUCGUCAGAGAGCGGGGAAUCGUCUGCCUUCCCUACCUCACUUGAUGAAGCAGGCCUCAAGCUUUGUCAGCAGCAAUCACCUUCAGCUUCUGCUGAAAGUCAGUAUCGGGACCAAGAAGACCAGGGUCAUCAAAGGCUGAGGGUCUCUGCAGAAGAAGAGUAGCCGUGAUUUUAAGUACAUUUACAGGGUUUUGCCGAGAAGCCUCCACGACAUGCAUCCUGCUCAAUCGACAGCCAAGUCCCGCACCCCUUUUGAAAUAUUUUAAAUGAAAUAAUUGUUGGUAAUUAACAAAAGAAACCCACAUUUAAUUUUUAAAUUUCAUUUUUAUUUUGUCUUAUUUUAUUAUUCAAUAAAUGUUAUUCUUUAAUAAAACAAAAUAUCACUGGGUGAAUGGGAAGUCAUAAUUCUCUGCCAUGAAAAUGUUCAUAUAUUUAUUGCAUGUUUUCCCUUUUCUAUAUUAAAUUCUAUAUCAAAUUCUAUAAAUUAUAAAGUGUAAUAUUUUUUCAUAUUUGCUCUUAACAAUGUGGAAAAUUUUUGAAUUCUUUGGCAAGCAAAUUUUUAAAGAACUGAGCUUACUGUCGUUUUUCUGGGACUUCAUGUAGACGGUGCAAAGCUUGGUUUUAACCUAUUUUUCUUGUUUCUGAAACUAAAAAAAUAUAUGGUAUAAGGUAUUUAUACCAGUGCAUGGUAUAAUAUGUAUGUAAUAAUUUUCUUUUUCAGGAACAGAAGGGAUUUUUGGGGUGUGGGAUAAGGGAGGGUGUAAUGGAUCACCUGGCACCCCGACCGAGUACCUCCGUUGAAGGAUGCUCCUAGCGCUUCCUGAGGGCUCCAGGCACUCCACCAGAGACCAUAACCACCGCAGAUCCCCCGAACCCGUCUAAUAUGCACCCUGGACCUAUGACACGGCUCCAGGUUACAGUGGGUGAACUUCUGUUUCCCCAGAGAGUGAAGCAGUAACAAACUCUUAAAAGAGCUUAGUGAUUAUCCAAGGGAGUAUGGAGAGCAUAGCAAUCCCUUGUAACUGUUUCCCCCAAUAAGAGACAGGACUCUAAAUUGAGUGUGAAGUAGAACUGGUUAAUUAGCAGUUCUUUCUUAUAUACACAUUUCCCCACAAGGUUACCACCCACGUGGACCUUGGGGAACACAGGACACAAAGUUACAACAGCCAUUCAACACAGUACAGUACAGUCAGACACUCCCAGCUAAUGCACACAAACCCUCCCCUCUGCCUGUGAUACAAUUACCAAAGACAAUGGGCUAACUUAAUUAUCACAGGCAGAAAAUAUACAGUUUUACCCAAAGUCCAGAAACACCCCAAAACACAAACAUAUCCUCAUUAAUCAUACAUACCUGGAUAGCCCUGAUGGGUGAACAACAUAUACAAAAAUCACCCAGAUCAGAGCAGAGGUUCAAAAGUUUUAUGGAAGUCAUACCAACCGCAAGCAUGGCUUUCAUGCCCAAACAGCUCCACAGAUUUAGGCUGUGCAGCCGGUCUAUCUUCUCCUUUAUACUGGAGAUAAUUGGCUUAAGUGGCUGUGGUAAGCCAAUUAUCUCUAAGUCCAAAAACUGUUACAAAAACUACAUAAAAAUACAUAACUCAUAUAAAAUAAUGUUUAACUUAUAUGUCCAACAUAUCCCCAGAUAGCUUGGAUCUGAGUGCUCAAUAUGUCCGAAGAGCACUCAGAUCCCACGAAUACAGUUGCGUCGCCAUGGGGUUAAACAAUAGGAAGGGCUGAUGAGAGAUUGAGGAGGGACAAAGCAGCCCGUUUCAACUGGUCUGGCAGUGUCCCUGGGACAACGCCCUGCUGGAGAACAAUAGGACAGGAAAAAGGGGGAGGGGAAUAGGCACAUUUUCCCAUGGAAUUAAAAGGGCAGAAAAAGUGUUUUAAAAAUCCAAUAAGCCCAAAUAGACCUUUUAAAUGGCAAUACACCCCAGGGCCAUAGUCGCAGGGCAGGAGGCUGGCAAGUAGUCCCCUCCAAAAACUAAUGGAAAACUCCCUAAAGAAGGGGAGUUUGUCACAGAGGGAAAUAUUUUUACAGAGUUUCCCUGAAUUAUAUAUAGUUUAAAAGAACACUCUAUACACCUAAUGCUUGCUAAUGUGCUUUACAUGUGAAGAGUGUGCCCUCUUUAUUCCAUUUUACAAAAAGUGCAAAUUUCAACAGAAAUUGACACUUUUAUAAUCUAACCUUGUUACCGGUCCAGUUACUCCUUGAUUGUUUAGCUCAGUGAAGUUAAACUCAAGAGGCAGCAAAUGCCCAGAGCACCUGCACUGCAUACACUUCUCAUCGAGCUGCAUUGGGAAGUCUGUGAUUGGACAGUCACAAAAAGUCUGGGCAGGGUUAGUAGGGGAGGGCUUGCAAAGGCUGCAGAAGAAAUAUUGUCUUUGAAAAUUCCCCCCAAUGGAAAAAGCCAAAAUUAAGAGCAUAAAAGUUUUAAUUCGGGGUACAUAUACUAAAUAUUCUUUCUUUUGUAUUUGGGCUGUGGAUUGUCCAGUAUAUUAAAAAAAAAAAUUAUGACCCCCAAAAUUUGUGAAACAUUUUUGAGACGUAACAGUUUAUUUUGCUAUGUAAUUCUCUUUUUCAAAUCUUGAACUGAUAAACUUCAACUAAUAUGAAAUAUGAUCUGUUUGGACUUGGGUAUGAUGAUAAUUAGAAAUGUAUGCACAUUUAAUAUGUUUUUAUCUUCUCUAUUGAGAUGAUUGAAUAAUAGUGAUAUGCUGUUUUGUUACAGGAUGGCGUAUUAUGGGGAUUCUGAUGAAGAUGAGAUUUGGGAAGAAGAGACCUUGCCAGACUUUCACGAACAAGUCCUCCUCAGUAAUAAGAAGCCAAAGGAUGGAAGGCUCUAUACUAUGUUUCACGGCACAACCUUGGAAGCAGCUCAAAAAAUCAUUGCACAUGGAUUUCAGCAAUCUACUGAUGGUUUGUUAGGGAAAGGGGUCUACGUGAGCAGAGACCAAAAAAAAGCUGAACGGUAUCCUCUGGGUGAUCAACGUUACCAGGUUAUUUUAAAGCUCAGAGUGAAUGUCGGUAAAGUUAAGAAGAUAGACCAUCAGGGUCAUCCUCUGCGAAAGAUGUGGUAUAAGGAAUAUGAUACAGCUUGGGUGCCUAAAUGGUGUGGCAUAGUUGCAAGUGGGCUAGAGGAAGACUGUGUAAGAAAUCCCAAUAGGAUUAAGGUAAUAGGUGUUGUAAAAGCUCCAGGAAAGUCCAAACCUCAUCUGGAGAGAAUGAUUGACAAUAAGAAUAAAAAGCGAUGAGAACAUACAAAUUAAAAAACAAAGAUCAAUGUUUUGUUGGGGUAUUUUUCUUUAAUGUAAAUUGCAUAAUUUACAACCGGUUAAUUUUUGGCUUUUCUUUUUACAAAUUAAGAUAUGAAUUGUUUGAUUUUAUAAAUGGG